AUGCACCGGGCAGUUCUGCGGGCGGCAGGAAAAGUUUUAGAAAUGAAAAAUUAAGAAAAUAAAUAGUUUUCAUAAAACUCAGACACGCAGACGCGAUUUACGUGUUUCCGGUGACGAAGCUCCUCCCUUUCCUUUUCGCCACUUGACUCGCACGGUUUGCAGGUGACACCCGAACGAGCUCCAACAUGCAGAACGACGCCGGUGAAUUCGUGGACCUGUACGUCCCGCGGAAAUGCUCUGCCAGCAACAGGAUCAUCGGAGCCAAAGACCACGCUUCCAUCCAGAUCAACAUCGCUGAGGUUGAUAAGGUGACCGGACGCUUCAACGGUCAGUCCAAGACCUACGCCAUCUGCGGCCCCAUCCGCAGGAUGGGCGAGUCUGACGACUCCAUCCUGAGGCUGGCGAAGAACGACGGCGUCGUGGCAAAGAACUUCUGAGUGUGUGCAGCUGGAGACAGUUUGGAAAAUAAAAUGAGAAAAUAAAAUC